AUGUGUGAGCUGUUUGCUGAAUAUUUCUCGUCCGUCUACUCUCAUGCAUCCCUUGAUGAGCUGCCAGUACCUUCAUUUGAUACUCCAUUCACCAUCUCAGAAUGUGCUAUCUCCCUAGAAGAUAUCAAUAAGAAGCUUCUUCACUUGGACCCCACCAAGGGUAGUGGACCUGACAACAUCACACCAAGAGUACUCAAAUUCUGCCACUCUGAGCUGGGGUCUCAUCUUGGACCGUUCUUGUUUUCCAUCUUUAUUAAUGACAUUAAGAAGGUCAUCAAAGUCCCAUUUCUUCUAUUUGCGGAUGACAUUAAGCUACUCGUUGAAGUUGCAUCCCAUCAUGACUGCCAGUCCUUGCAGGACGCCCUCGACUACCUAUUUGGCUGGUGCCUCUCCAAUGACAUGGCUGUGAAUCCCACAAAAACCAAAUUGAUCACGUUCAGUAGGAAAUUAAAUACAGUGUUAGCUGACUACUCUCUUGAUGGUAACCGGGUUGAGAGAUGCAAUACCAUAAAGGAUCUUGGUGUUCUAAUUGACUACUCCUUCGAGUUUGGAGCCCACAUAAACCAAAUAUGCACCAGGGCCUCUCGUAUGCUAGGAUUGGUAUUCCGCUCUGCUAGACAUGGUUUGAGCAACCAUGCCUGUAUUAUCCUGUACAAGUCUCUCAUCCUGCAGCUACUCGAGUAUGCUUCCUUGGACGAGACAGCCAGGGGUAGGUUGGUAACCCUGCUCUGGAGUGGCUUCCUGUUCUGUCUGUGCUGGGUGGCAGCAGCACUGCAAGGGUGGAUCAGGGUGUUCUUGAGAGUCCAACAGUUACCAGGGCCGAGGAGUCAUCCACUGUACGGCAACGCCAAGGAAUACCUCUCCCGCCACAGAUUCUUCCAGUAUGCUGCCAAGUGGCGAGAUGAAUUCCCAGCCUUCCAUAAGACAUUCAUAUUGUUCCAUCCCAUGAUCAUUGUUCAGUUGCCAGAUGCAGUACAGGCAGUUUUGAGUCGUAAACAUAAACACAAUGAAAAGGGUCUCAUCUACCAUGGACUGAAGCCACUUCUAGGAGAGGGUCUAAUAACAAGUAAAGGUGAAAGAUGGCACAGUCAUAGAAAGUUGAUCACCCCUACUUUUCACUUCAAUAUUUUGGAAAGUUUUGUUGAUGUUUUUGUCGCUCGCACCCAAGACUUCAUGAUGGAGCUAAACAAUUCCGUAAAGGAAAAUGAAGAAAAAUUUAUAGACAUCAGCCCAUACACCAGAAAACUAACAUUGGACUUCAUUUGUGAGACUGCAAUGGGGACUCCGGCAGACACAAACACUUACGAGCACACGGAAAUAGUCAACGCCAUGCAUAGGCUCGAAGAAAUUGGUAUUUACAGAAUGGUUCGGCCUUGGUUACUAUCUGACUUUAUAUUCCGUUUCACUGUCAAAGGAAAAGAGGAAGAAAAGUACAAGAAAAUUCUCCAUCAGUUUACCGACCAAGUAAUACAAAUGAGAAGACAAGCACUUGCAAAACAGCAGUAUAGUGAAGACAUAAUUAAUUCAGAUACCAGAAAGCGGGCCAUCUUCAUGGAUUUGUUGAUAGCAAGUUCUGAAGGAGGAAAACUCUUAUCUGACCAGGACAUUCGAGAAGAAGUCAACACGUUUAUGUUUGCUGGUCAAAAUACAACACAGCUGGCAAUAAACUACUGUUUAUACCUGUUGGGAGAGAAUCCAGAAAUUCAGGACAAGGCGCAUGAGGAGCUUCUCAAUAUCUUCGGAGACUCCGACAGACAACCUACGAUGGAAGACCUGAAGAGUAUGAAGUACCUGGAGAACUGCAUCAAAGACGCUCUAAGGCUGUUUCCCAGUGUUCCAGUCAUAGCCAGGAAACUGACUGAGGAUGAAGUAUUUGGAAAAUACACACUUCCGAAGGGCUCUGAUGUACUAGUACUGCCGUACGUUCUGCAUCGAGACUCUUCGCAGUUUCCGAACCCGGAAUGCUUCAAUCCAGACAAUUUCCUGCCUGAGGCUGUCAAAACAAGGCAUCCUUACUCUUACAUCCCCUUUAGUGCUGGGCCACGGAACUGCAUUGGACAAAAGUUUGCAGUGCUGGCAGAGAAAACCGUUUUGUCAGCAAUUCUGCGCAAGUAUCAAGUUCAAUCACUUCACUCCAGGCAAGAACUGAUCGUAGUUCCAAACACAGUUCUUGUGCCAAAGACUGGAAUAAAGUUGAAGUUAACACUUAGGAAGGUUUGCUAAUUGUUCGGAGAUUUCACACGUAAUUUGUAAAUAUUUCCUUGAAAAUUCAUUGCCAAACAAAAUUUAUGCAAGAUUUUGCAAAGGAUAGAAUAAACUUUAGAUUUAGUAUGUUUAUUUUUAGUUACCUGAAAACUAGCAAGAAUUUGUUGAAGAGUAAGCCAGGUGAUGCUGAUUUUGGUGAUAUUAUAUGGUUUUGGUUUAGUUAAAACCUACUGGUGAAUUUUCAAGUAUAAUACCAGGCUGACUGGGGUAACUCUUUAUCACUGGGGUUUUGAAGAGUCAUCAUUUACUACAUUCACAGUCACACACAAAAAGCUAUGUUAAAAGUUGGUGUCUUUUGGCUUGUGUGUGUAUAAUUUAUAUGAGGACUCGCCCUCAGUAAUGAGGGGGAUGAUUAACCUUGCAUUCAUCUGAGAUUCGGGUAUUUUUAUUUUUAAACGAGGCCUUAGGUUUGAAACAAUUGGUUUCAUUGAAAGCCAGGAUCACCUGACAGUACUCUAUAUUGUUUAAGAUCCAGAGGCUGAAAACAAAUUGUUUACAGAAUUUGGGACUUUAAUUGCUGUUAUACAUCUUUCAACACCAAACAUUGUUAAUUAUUUUCAAAACAUUAGGAAUUUUUCCUAAUUUAAUUUAAUCAUAAUCAUGAUUAAGUAUGAAAAUAAAUCAAUAAAAGAGAAGAGUUUUAAGUUAUUGAUCAACAACUUAGGCCUUUUUAAAUUUGACAGUGAUAUGAAAAGGCUAGUAAGGAAUCAUUUUGUAUAUGCGUGUUAUUUGGAACAGUUUUUGUAAGAUAAAAGAGCUGUCUAUUUUGUCGUCAUGCCUGUUCUUAUUAGUUUUUAUGAUUAUUUAGGUACAUAUAUGUGAUGUACUCAUAUUAAAUGUAAAUAAAGAAGGAUUUGAUGGGUC